GAUUACAAGGAAGCGGGUUGGUUGGUAUGAAGAAAGGUUUCAGAAGGAAGUGUUGGAAGGGUUUUUUGCUGGCAGUUCUCCCUAAUAUGCUUGACGUUUCUCGCCGUAGCUCAAUCCCUGCCUUCCUUACUUCAAUUGUGAGCUUGUUUUGGUGACUGUUUUGACCAACUUCAACUAGACAUUAGUAUACCGGCGAACUUUUCAUCAACAAACCUACGUUCUACAUUGCAAUCAUGUCUCUUCUUACCAUGGGCCAAGAACACAGAGGCACUAGGGCGAACAUUGCCUCAUUCAAUCCCAAGAAAUUUCGUCAACUUUCACACCCUAUGGCUUAUCCAGACCCAUGGUGCGUACCUUACAUAGAGCGUGCGGGGUUCGGUCAUGUUAUGCAUGUGGUAAAUACCACAAUUGAUGUGAAAUUAUUCUUGCUUUGUGUGAACGUUGGAGACCGGAGACACACACUUUUCACCUACCAACUGGUGAAUGUAUCGUCACACUAGAGGACGUGUACAUGCUUUUGGGUCUUCGAAUAGAUGGUAAGCCUGUGACUGGAAAUGUUCAACAGUCCAACGAACUAUGUGUUCAAAUGUUGGGCGUAGAUCUAGUCGAGGGUGAGGGAUCUGUGAAAGCAAGGGGCCAGGGUAUUAAACUAUCGAGCCUCCAAUUCUACCACGACGUUAUAAUUUUGACUGAGGAUUCGUCCGAACAAGAAAAAAAUAAUAAAAACAAGGUUUUACAUUAUGUUAUUAUUUGGGAACUUGCUAUUUCCCGAAGGCACGGGAAAUAGCAUAAACUUUAUGUACUUGAGUUUGCUCGAGGACAUAUAUAGAAUAAGCACGUAUAAUUGGGGUUCUGCUGUAUUGGCUUUCCUAUAUAGUUCUUUGUGUAAAAAUGCACAAAAUGACCACUGUACAUUUUCUGGAUGUGCUUUUUUGCUCCAAACAUGGGGGUGGUGGAGAUUGCCGAGACUAGCCCUCGAAAAUCCUAACGUCUACUCCUUCCCCUACGCAACUAGGUUCAUUGCAACUGGACUAGAUUACAGUCUUAUCCCAAAAAAUAAAAUAAUAUUUUAUCGUCAACUCUUGGAUCGUCUCCGAGCACAAGAUUUUAUUUGGAGACCAUAUUUGGGAUUGGAACAUCAACCCAACCCCGAAGAUGCAACUGUUUGGACAACAAUAAUGGCUAUCAUGCGGUUCAUCAUUGUGGAGAUGCACCAAAGUGACCGUGUCAAACUGCAAUUCGGAAUGCAUCAAGAAAUCCCAGGCCCCCCAAUGUCUUUGGAACCUUUGCAUCUUAAAAAAGUCAGCCACCAGUGGUAUGUCCAAAAUUGGAAGGCAUUUGCAAAGGAGUUCCGUAAAAUGUGGAAAGAGCGUGCCCACUAUGUUCUACAAUUUCUGGUGGCGCCCAACGAAAUGAAGCCGACAAAGGAAUAUGUGGAUUGGUAUAGAGCAAAUACAAAUCCAGAAAUGAUUGUGUCUGACCCGUUCUAUUUGGACGAUCCCCGAAUGCAACAACCAUAUCUCCAACAACAACAACCACCACAAUAUUCCCAACAACAACCACCACAAUAUUACCAACAACAACCACCACCACCGUAUUACCAACAACAACCACCACCACCGUAUUACCAACAACCACCACCACAACACAUGUCCACCCCCCAACCAAAUCAACAUUACAUACCACAAACUCAACCUCAAUAUCAUGAAGAUUACCAACACCAACCUCAACAUUCCCACCACCAUCAACAGUCCCAACAUCUACCACAAACUCAAUCCCCCCACCAACACUAAUCCCAACACUUCCAUCACGACAAUGUCCCGGGCUCUUCCAGUCCUCCACUUAGCCCCAACACAGGUAUACAAGAGGAUUACCAACUAGACUACUACAUCGUUCUUUAGCCAACCCGAUUCAACCCUUAACUACCAAAUGCCACAUUUUGAGGGCGCAUCCAACAUGAGUCAGUUUGUCCCACCGAGACAAAGCUUUGAGGGCGCAGAGGGCACCCGUCUUUCCUACAACAUUGGAGGGACUUCGACCCAACCACAAUGGCAAAGGGCAAGGGGACGCGUUAGGACUAGGGGUGGGAAUAGGGAAGCACCACCACCGCGUGAGCCGUCUAGACGAGUAGUUAGACCUCCCUCGUGCGGAUCGUACUAGA